AUGUUAUAUUUCUGUUUACUUAAAGAGGAAGCCAGUGUGGAUAAUUGGAAACUACUACCAGCAUUUUUAAAGGUGAAGGGACUUGUCAAGCAACACAUUGAUUCCUUUAAUUACUUCUUAAAUGUGGAUAUAAAGAAGAUUGUGAAAGCAAAUGAGAAGAUCACAACAGAUGCAGAUCCAGUGUGGUAUCUGAAAUACCUGAACAUAUAUGUGGGCAGUCCUGAUGUGGAGGAAUCUUUUAACAUCACUAAACCCAUCUCACCUCACGAGUGCCGCCUUCGGGAUAUGACUUACUCAGCACCAAUAACAGUUGACAUUGAGUACACCAGAGGCAGUCAGCGUGUGGUGAGGCAUAACUUGCCAAUAGGAAGAAUGCCUAUAAUGCUUCGCAGUUCUAACUGUGUACUGACCGGCAAAAGUCCAGCUGAGUUGGCAUCCUUGAAUGAGUGCCCUAUUGAUCCAGGUGGUUACUUUAUUGCAAAUGGAACAGAAAAGGUCAUAUUAAUUCAAGAACAGUUGUCAAAGAAUCGCAUCAUUGUUGAAGUAGACAAGAAAGGGAAUAUUGGAUGCUCUGUAACAAGUUCAACAGCUGAAAGGAAAAGUCGAACAAAUAUUGUGACCAAGCAGAACAAGUUUUGUUUGAAACAUAACGCUCUGUCAGAGGAUGUUCCUGUAGUGGUAUUCUUCAAAGCCAUGGGCAUGGAGUGUGAACAAGAAAUUGUUCAAAUGGUUGGCUCUGAGGAGGAAGUGAUCUCGACAUUUGCUCCAUCUCUUGAGGAGUGUCACAGACUCAAUAUUUACACGCAAUUACAGGCUCUGCAGUAUGUUGGAUCCAAAGUGCGUCAACGUGCAACUUGGGGGAAGAGCAGAACUAAAGUGGAGGAAGCGAGGGAGUUGUUAGCAGGAGUAAUGCUGGCUCAUGUCCCUGUUAUCAAGUAUGAUUUCAAAGCCAAGUGUGUAUUCCUAGCUCUGAUGGUUCGAAGAGUCAUACUAGCGUGCAGUGACGAGGCCCAUGUAGAUGACCGCGAUUACUAUGGUAACAAGAGGCUGGAACUUGCGGGGCAGCUUCUGUCUCUUCUCUUUGAGGACUUAUUCAAGAGAUUUAAUGCAGAGCUUAAGAAAAUUGCAGACCAAACAAUUCCAAAACCAAGAGCUGCCCAGUUUGACAUUGUGAAGCACAUGCGUCAGGAUCAAAUUACACAUGGUCUGGUUCAUGCAAUCACCUCGGGUAACUGGAUCAUAAAGAGAUUUAACAUGAAUCGUGCGGGGGUCACACAGGUUCUUUCGCGGCUGUCAUUUAUUUCUGCUCUUGGAAUGAUGACAAGGAUAAGCAGUCAGUUCGAAAAGACACGUAAAGUUAGUGGUCCCCGUUCGUUGCAGCCAUCUCAGUGGGGAAUGUUGUGCCCAUCAGACACCCCUGAAGGAGAGGCCUGUGGGUUAGUGAAGAACCUUGCAUUGAUGACACAUAUCACCACAGACCAGAAUGAAGAACCCAUUAUUCGCCUGGCGUAUAAUCUGGGAGUAGAGAAUUUGAAUAUGUUGUCCGGCGAAGAGAUAAGCCACCCUUCAGUUUAUCUUGUGUUUCUUAACGGUAACAUUCUUGGUGUUGUGAAGAACUACAAGCGCUUGGUCGAGACGUUUCGUUUAAUGAGGAGAGCUGGUUACAUCAGUGAAUUUGUCUCCAUUUGCCCAAAUCACCAGCACAGAUUUGUAAACAUUGCAUCUGAUGGAGGACGAGUUUGCAGGCCUUACAUUAUUGUUAAAAAUGGAAAACCCAAAGUGACUGAUCAAUAUAUUCAAGAACUCGUGCAAGGCUUCAGGAGCUUUGAAGAUUUCUUACAUGAUGGUCUCGUUGAGUACCUAGAUGUCAAUGAGGAAAAUGACUGCGCAAUAUCCUUGUACGAGAAAGAAAUUACAAGGGAGACAACACAUCUGGAGAUAGAGCCGUUUACGCUGCUUGGGGUGUGUGCCGGGCUUAUACCAUAUCCUCAUCAUAACCAAUCUCCUCGAAACACAUACCAGUGUGCUAUGGGCAAACAAGCCAUGGGUUCCAUUGGGUACAACCAACGUAACAGAAUAGACACGCUUUUGUACUUCUUGUGUUACCCUCAAGUGCCAUUAGUGAGAACAAAGACUAUAGACUUGAUACAAUUCGACAAGCUGCCAGCAGGUCAAAAUGCAACAGUGGCUGUUAUGAGUUACAGUGGUUACGACAUUGAGGAUGCACUGAUACUAAACAAAGCGUCUGUUGACAGAGGGUUUGGACGCUGCUUAGUAUACAGGAAGCAAACGUGUUUGUUGAAAAGAUACGCAAAUCAGACAUUUGACCGUGUCAUGGGUCCCAGUAGAGAUGCAGCGACGGGUGAGGUAAUCUGGAGACACAGAGCUCUUGACGCUGAUGGCAUUUGCUCUCCAGGUGAGAGGGUGGAAAACAAACAGGUUCUCAUCAACAAAUCCAUGCCUGUUGUCACUGCUUCAGGACUUCAGCCAGUGGCACCAGGCCAACCGCCUCCCCAACCUGAAUACAGAGAUGUACCUGUGUCGUACAAAGGGCCAAAAGAUAUUUACAUUGAACGAGUGCUGGUGACUUCAAAUGCUGAAGAGGCAUUUCUCAUAAAGAUUCUUCAAAGACAGACGCGGAGACCGGAGAUUGGGGACAAAUUCAGCAGUCGACACGGCCAGAAGGGCGUUUGUGGCUUAAUCGUAAAUCAGGAAGAUAUGCCUUUCACUGAUUUGGGUAUUUGUCCUGAUAUUAUCAUGAACCCGCACGGCUUUCCAUCCCGGAUGACUGUUGGUAAACUGAUAGAGCUGAUGGCAGGCAAAGCUGGUGUGCUGGAAGGACACUUUGGAUACGGAACAGCAUUUGGAGGCGACAAAGUGGAGGAUGUUUGUAGUGCUCUCGUAGAACACGGCUUUAAUUACUCUGGCAAGGAAUUCGUCACGUCUGGUAUUACGGGGGAGCCGUUAACAGCUUAUAUUUUCUUUGGUCCGGUUUAUUAUCAAAAACUGAAACACAUGGUGUUGGAUAAGAUGCAUGCUCGUGCUAAGGGUCCCCGAGCUGUGCUAACGAGACAACCAACAGAAGGACGAUCACGGGACGGAGGAUUGAGGCUGGGAGAGAUGGAACGGGACUGUUUAAUAGCUUAUGGUGCCAGCAUGCUACUUCUUGAAAGACUUAUGAUUUCAAGCGACGCCUUUGAAGUAGAUGUGUGCAGCGAGUGUGGCCUGAUGGGAUACUCAGGAUGGUGUCACUACUGUCUAUCUUCUCACAACAUUUCAACUCUAAAAAUACCUUACGCUUGUAAACUUCUGUUCCAAGAACUUUUGUCCAUGAACAUAGUACCGCGGCUAUCAUUAAAACACUACACGGAUGAGUGAAGAAGCCUUGACACACCCUUGUUAUUGCCUAAUUUGUCAGAGUACCUGGCAGAAGAAAAGAUUCUAAGGAACAUAUGGUACAAAUGAAAAGCUGUGCCAAUGGAAUUACGUCGGACAAAGAUCCAGUUGUCUAAAGGGGAGAAUUUCCUUUAACUGGGAGCUAAAAGUGGCACACAAAAAUGACUUUCGUGAGUCUUGGAAACUCCGUAGCUCUUAAACAGCUGUUUCUUUGUAUAUUAAAACAUUGUAUAAACAGUUGACAAAGGUCGACCCCAAGUUUCUUUCUUUUUCUUUUCGUAUGACGCCCUGAGCUUUUUGGGUAUGCCCCCAUGAUCGCACUGAACACCUCAAAAAGGGGUUUCGUACAACAUAGACUCGAAUCGCCACCAUAAUAUAUUAAAAAAUACCAAACAAAACAAAAAUCAACAGAAAAAACACUGACACACGAGAAUAAUUAUAACAACUUUAUUAUGGUGUUUCCGUCAGGGGUUCGGUGGGUAACACAAUUGUAACAGAAUGCAGUCAAUGUAAUUGUAGCAUCAUAUCACACGACACAAUGGGAUUAAAAACAAAUUGUUCAACCAAUAAAAUCGUUUUUACUUAGU